AGUUAUCACGUUGUACGUAUCAAUGUACAUGUACUUGUGAGAGUUUUCGACAUAACAUCGCCAGACUACAUCGUUUUCUAUUGACCGUCACAGUAACAGGAUGCGUCUUCUCCUGACCUUGGUUUUCACACUUUCCUCUGCCGAAGUUGGAAGUCAAAAAUCGAUUAAAGUUCAUUCCUACGACUCGCUGAUUACUUACCUUACAACAGGAGCGGAUCUCAGAUAUUUCUUCAACACUUCCAUCUGUGAUGAUUCAGCAUCAACUUCUAAAGCAGACGUUCCUAUGUUUGGCGGUAAAAUCAAAUUGUUUGUGGCGUACAACGAUUCAGAGAACGGCUCGGGACAAACGAUUUUCAGCCAUGUUCAAUACAUAGACGAAAAUAUAAAAGAUUUGAAUGUGGACAUACAUACACUGUGGAUAACUAACGAUACGGCUAUGAUAUUUUGGGGGAAACCCGGUGUCUUCUUGAAUAACACUGCGGAUAUGAAUGUCACAAUGUGUAACUGGACAAAGGGAGAAGGAAAUAUAUGGGUAAAACCGCACAGACAACAGAAACAAAUGGAGUCAUUCAAGGAGAUUAAAACCAUGUUGACUUCCGGUGAAGAGGUUCGCUGGGUGGUGAAUACGAAAGGAUGCAAAUGUCCACUAGAUCCUGACGAUUGUGGAGACGGUUCCUUUGGAAAUACUAUCAAAGAUUUCAAAAUUAUGAAGGACGGUUCCAUUACCUUCUCUGCAUCAACAACAUUUUUUGAGUUCUUUCCCUGGCAAUUUACCCGAUUACUUUCUUUUGGACAUCUUUACCAAAACAAUACGGCUACCUUCAAGAUGGCAUAUUUAGACCCUACAACGUGGAAAGAAGGAGACAAUGACAUGCUUUCAUGUCCAUUAGGUUCGAAAUCUUCUACCGAAGGGGUUAACUUUUUCAUUAAUGGAACCUAAAGAAAAGUACAUUUAAAAUUUUAAACAUUCAUAUCAAUAAUGCAUAAUCAAUAUUAGUGUCAAUAAAUACAAAAUUAUAA